UAUUCUUAUAUUGUACUCAAUUAUAUACUGUUGUCUUUAUUUGCUUAAGCUUAUUUAUUCGAUCCGUUCGUCUAAAGCCAAGUCAAAUUUUAAUGAUGGAGGCAACGAGAGUUUUUCUGGGGAAAGUCCGAAGGAAUUCGAUCAGCACGAUGCUGUCGUGAUUCAUCAACCGGAGGAAAAUGCCAUAAGCGAAAUCGAAAUCAUGAGGUUUGCUACUAAAAGAGAUGCGACAAGAUACUCUAUGAAUCAUAAAAAACGAGGUAAAUGCGUGAUAUUCAAUCAGGUAUUAUUUGAUUGGGUGGGCUCAGAACGAAAAGGAUCUAAUUUUGACGUGAAAAUGAUAUCACGUACCUUUCGUUCCCUGGGUUUCGAGUUGGAUCCCUGUCACAAUCUGUCUUAUAGUAAAAUUAUGGAGAAAGUUGAUGAAUUGUGCAAAGAAAAUCACAAAGAUUGUGACUGCAUCUGUUUCUUUAUACUGACUCACGGUUCUGAGGAAAAUUGGGUGAGAGCGCGUGACGUGUCAUAUCAGAUUCGAGACAUCUGGAAGAAGUUCACUGCCGACAAUUGUCCGUCGUUGGCUAGUAAGCCGAAGCUAUUUUUCAUACAGGCUUGUAGAGGCACUAAGAAUGAAAAACCUGUUCGGGGAAGAUCUGUUACAGAUUCGUCUAAGAAUGAGGAAAUAUACAACAUUCCUUCUCAUGCAGACUUCUUGUACGCUUCCAGUACCGUGGAAGGUUUUAACUCGCGUCGUGAUCCAGAAAAAGGUACAUGGUAUAUACAGACUUUGUGUGAGGUAAUCCAGGAUCAUUGGCGUGAUACCGAUUUAUUGAGGAUGUUAACGAUAACAGCGCGCAAGGUUGCAACCACUGAAUACCCAGAUGAAGAAGCACUCACACAAAUGCCUUCUACAACCACAACACUGAUCAGAGAUCUAUAUUUUACACCGAAGGAUGAAUCAUAGAAUAAUGAAAGUUUGUUUCAAGCAAAUAGUUAUUGAAAUGCUUAAAUUUAGUCAUUGUUAUCUCAAUUUAUCUUAUUGUUUGCUCAAGGUCCCACAAGUAUUUCCACCCUCAUGUUUUGUGUCUUUUUAUUUUUAUUUUGUAAGACAUUAAAAUCGUUUAUAAUUGUUCAUUUUUGAAACAGAUCUCAAAAUAAAUUGCCUUAUCAAGAAUGGAAAGAUGAAGUCGGCAAUAAUGAUGUAAAAUAAUAUUUUAGAUUGAAACAAUGAAAAAGAAAAUGGUAGAGAAGCAUGUUUUUGACUUGGCGCUCAUUUUAUCAGUGACGCAUGUGCAAUAGGAAUACACAAGUGGGGAUAAUAUUUAGACCUGUAGUGGGGAAAACUGGCCUUGAGCGAUUAAUUGAUUUCGAACAGGCUUUAGUCGUGGGUCGUUUUAUUACGAUAAGCGGGUGAACGUGCGUGAAUAACUUAACUGUUUCGUCCCGUCCUACGAUUUUAACUAGGUAAUUUUCUUAUAUCAAGUUGCUAAUUUAUGUUAAAGAAUUCUUCGUUUCUAGUAAUUUGACGUAACUUGUCACGAUAAAGGUCUGCAUGAUGUUGGAUCUGUUCUCAUACAUAUCAUCAAUAUUCGAAGCGCCUAAA